AUGAAAACGGUUAGGGUUGAUGUAUUACGUGUUCUUGAUAUUGGUAGACUGUCAUUGUUACCAAUUCAAAAAUUGAUCAAUAGUGGUCCAACCAAUGACGAUAAAAAGACAGAUUAUUAUAGCGGAAAGAAAGGAUAUUUUUCAGUUACCAAACUUGUAUUUUGUUGUCCUAAAUCUGGAAAGAUAUUGUUUAUUGCCCCAUCUCGCCCGGGAUCAAGAAACGAUAUGAGUUUGGCAAGUGAACAAGCCAAGAAAUGGUCAAUUUUGGGCACAAACCUUCGCUUUAAAUUUACUUCAAAGGAUGAUACAUUAGAUAUUCAUUAUAAAAUAUGGUGUGGAAUUGCCUAUCUUCAAAAUUCAUUUACUGAAAUUCGUAAAUAA